AGGUGCGCGCGUGGCUCCGGCUGCGCAGGAACAGCUGGUACCUCGGGGAGGCGGCUAGUGAGCGGGCGGGCGUGGGCUGCUGGUGGCCGGACGGGCCACGCUGCGGGAGCCGUUGCCGCCGCCGCCUUGCACCAUUGCACCAUGUCCGGCCAGCUGGAGCGUUGCGAGCGCGAGUGGCACGAGCUGGAGGGAGAAUUUCAGGAGCUGCAGGAGACACACAGGAUCUAUAAGCAGAAGCUGGAGGAGCUGACCUCCCUGCAGACGCUGUGCAGCACCUCCAUCAGCAAGCAGAAGAGGCACCUGAAGGACCUGAAGCACACACUCCAGAGGUACAAGCGCCAUUCCAGCCAUGAGGAGGCGGCGCUCAUCCAACAGAUGACCGCCAACAUUAAGGAACGACAGAAUGUCUUCUUCGACAUGGAGGCCUACCUACCGAAGAAGAAUGGGCUCUACUUGAAUCUGGUUCUUGGCAACGUGAACGUGACCCUCCUCAGCAAUCAGGCCAAGUUUGCUUACAAGGAUGAGUAUGAGAAGUUUAAGCUCUACCUGACCAUAAUCCUUCUUCUGGGUGCUGUGGCGUGUCGAUUUGUCCUUCAUUACAGGGUGACCGAUGAAGUCUUCAACUUCCUGCUCGUGUGGUAUUACUGCACCUUGACCAUUCGAGAGAGCAUCCUCAUCAGCAAUGGUUCCAGAAUCAAGGGCUGGUGGGUGUCUCACCAUUAUGUCUCCACGUUCCUGUCUGGAGUGAUGCUGACUUGGCCUAAUGGACUAAUUUACCAGAAGUUUCGAAAUCAGUUUUUAGCGUUCUCCAUUUUUCAGAGCUGCGUUCAGUUUCUACAGUACUAUUACCAGAGGGGCUGUCUCUACAGACUGCGGGCCCUGGGGGAGAGGAACCACCUGGACCUCACAGUGGAAGGGUUCCAAUCCUGGAUGUGGCGGGGCCUCACCUUCCUCCUGCCUUUCCUCUUCUGUGGCCAUUUCUGGCAGCUCUACAAUGCCGUCACCCUGUUUGAGCUCUCCACCCAUGAAGAAUGCAAAGAAUGGCAGGUAUUCGUGCUGGCUCUUACCUUCCUCAUCCUCUUCCUGGGCAAUUUCCUGACUACGCUCAAAGUCGUCCAUGCCAAACUCCACAAGAACAGAAACAAGACAAAGCAGCCAUGAACCUCCAGACCCUUGUGCCACCUGGGGGCCUUGGGACCUAAGACUGCUGGGCGUUCCAGUCAGCACCCUGGCUGCCGGUCAGUGGUAGCCGUGGGCAGCAGCAUCUCAGGGGCCAGCAGCAUCACUGGGAGCAGGGCCAAGGCCCCGGUCCCCGGCAGACAUGAGGAAUGUGAAGGCCACCUGCGCGCGCAGUAUUAACCUGUCCCAGCUCCCUAUUUAUAACGUAUUUAAUAUCGGGUCUUCCCUGCUUCCCUGGAAUCUGAAGCCUGCCUUCCCCAGAGCUCUGUGUAAUGGCUGUGGGCAGGCCUGUGUCUGUCUUCCAGGGAGGGGCCAAAAGCCUCAGGGAACCCCUCUCUCCCUGCUCCUAUCAUUUGAAUCCCUCACUGGGGUUUGGAUGUGCCUCACUUGAGUUGGCUUUAGCCGACCUGCUACUUACUGUGUCCCAGGCACCGGGUGGAAUGAAACUUUGAGCAUCCUGUGGAGCCUCCCCUGUCCUGGGCCGCCACCUCUUCUGUAAGCCUCCCACAGCCCCACCCUCUGCGGUGGACAAAUAUUUAAGUUCUCAGAGAACCUA